AUGGCAAUUCCUCAAGUUGGUAUUAACGGUUUCGGUCGUAUUGGACGUAUUGUCCUCCGUAACGCUCUCCAAGCUAAGAGCAUCCAAGUCGUCGCUGUCAAUGACCCCUUCAUUGACCUCGAAUACAUGGCUUACAUGUUCAAGUACGACUCUACCCACGGUCGCUACGAAGGUGAAGUCUCCAUCAAGGACAACAAGUUGAUCAUUGACGGCCAAGCUGUCACUGUCUUCAACGAGAAGGAACCCGCCAACAUCAAGUGGGCCUCCGCUGGCGCUGACUACGUUAUCGAGUCCACUGGUGUUUUCACCACUCAAGAGACCGCUUCCGCUCACUUGAAGGGUGGUGCCAAGCGUGUCAUCAUCUCUGCUCCCUCCAAGGACGCUCCCAUGUACGUUGUUGGUGUCAACACCAACGAGUUCAAGCCCGAAGAGAAGGUUGUCUCCAACGCCUCUUGCACCACCAACUGCUUGGCUCCCUUGGCUAAGGUUAUCAACGACACCUUCGGUAUUGAAGAAGGUUUGAUGACCACCGUCCACGCUACCACUGCCACCCAAAAGACUGUUGACGGUCCUUCCCGUAAGGACUGGCGUGGUGGCCGUACCGCCGGUGACAACAUCAUCCCCUCUUCCACCGGUGCUGCCAAGGCUGUCGGCAAGGUCAUCCCUGCCCUCAACGGUAAGCUCACUGGUAUGGCUUUCCGUGUCCCUACCUCUGAUGUUUCCGUUGUCGACUUGACCUGCAAGCUCGCCAAGCCCACCACCUACGAGGACAUCAAGGCUGCCGUCAAGGCCGCCGCUGAGGGCCCUCUCAAGGGUGUGCUCUGCUACACCGAAGACGCUGUUGUCUCUGCUGACUUCAUCGGUGACACCCACUCUUCCAUCUUCGAUGCCACCGCCGGUAUCCAACUUUCUCCCCAAUUCGUCAAGCUCGUCUCUUGGUACGACAACGAAUACGGUUACUCUCGCCGUGUUGUUGACUUGGUUGCCCUCACUGCUGCCCGCGACUAA